UUAUAUUUCUGGCAUUGGUGAGAAAACGUUGUAAGCUGUUGUUGCAGCUGCAAGGGCCGGGGUAUGCAGCAUCCUUGCACUGUUGUGAGACGAUGAAUAUGCCACUACAUGUUUAAAAGUUUUUUUAAAUGAACAAGCCUGUUGUUGAAGACACCUGAAGCAUGGAUUCCCUGUCAGAACUUCAGCUGAUCAAUGACUAUCUUAUCCGAAAUUGUCAAGAGAAGGACAAGUUCAUCCGCAGAUGUGGGCCGCUGCUCCGCCACUGUCAGUGUGGUGUGGUGACACAGAAGAUCCUGGAAGAUCUGUCCUGCAUAGAGACCAGAAUCAACACUGAGGAAUACAGAAACUUGUUCUCAAAGACUCUAGCCUGCCAAGACUUCUCAACAGAUCCACCUCUGGACCCGAGUGAUGGACCAGUUGUAUCCGAGGAAGUCCAGUAUGUAUCCCAGGGGGAUACAGAGGACACUCAAGUUGACAUCAUCGUCCAUGACCUUCCUUCUACUCCUCAGGCAGGGGGAGACUACUCUUUCAGUAUAAGCAGUGACAUGACCCUGACUACCAAUGAACCGGUUGUGCGAAGAAUUGCCUUGCCACCGUAUCCAGGGACAACGCAACCUGGGACAUCCGACAUCCCCGACGUGGCAUCUGCUGAAACAUCAUCAGCACUGGAAGCUCUACAAGCCAUCGCAGGCGUUGCCGGGGAAACAGGUUCCCUGGUGGUGUACGAACAGUUAGUAGAUGAGGAGCAGGUGAUUGUGGUGACAUCGGAUCAGAUGCUGCACUUGUCAGAGAUUCAGCAACAGGCAAAUGAGAUCACUGUGUUGGCUGAGACUGCAAGCCUACAACCCCCAAUCAGUGACAACAAUGAGGAUGCUGAGAAAUAUUUGACAGAACUGAAAAAGGAUUUUGCCACCAAAGAGGAAGAAAAAGAGUUGUUGGAGAAAAUCGCAAUAACACCAACACAAGGCAAGACUGCCAUCAUUUCUGAUAAGGUCUACCAAUGUAACUUGUGCGAGAAGUCUUAUAACAAAGUUCAAACCUACAAGGAGCACUGUCUCAAACAUGACAAGUCUCGACAGGAGAGGUGUAAGUGUAAUGUGUGUGGUAAAGGAUUCUCCAAGCCUUUCUUGCUCAAGAUACACAUGGAGAGCCAUAAUGGCUUCAAGCCCGAGCAGUGUGGAACAUGUGGGAAGAGAUUUGCUCAGAAGAGUUCUCUCACAAGACACAUGAAAAUACAUACGCAAGAAAAGCCUUACUCGUGUGUCGUAUGUGACAAGAAGUUUAACCAGUUCAUACACGCUAAACGACACAUGGCGUUACACUCCGUAAACAGACAGAAAUGCCAUUUAUGCCCUCGGACAUUCCCUCAUAAAAAGUUGCUUGAUAAACAUAUUGAAAUUCAUGAAAGUUUGGCAGCGCAGCAAAAGGUGCCUUUAAGUCCAUGUAAUGUACCCAUUGGUAGCAAAGGGAUUAUCAAAAAGAAUCAAGAAAAACGGAAAUUUUCCUGUAAGUAUUGUAUGGAUAAAUUCGAUUUGAAAACGGAUUUGAAUGCUCAUUAUGAGUCUCAUGCCGAGGAUAGACCAUUUAAAUGUGAAGUGUGUGGAUUUAGAUGUGUGUCCGAACGAGGGCUGACAUUCCAUAAGACUUCCCAUACAAGCAGUGCAAGCAACAUGUGUGAGAUUUGUGGUCGGACGUUUAAGUAUAAAGCUGGCUUGACGAACCAUCUUCGAGAACAUGCUGGCACCAAGCCUUUCCUGUGUGGGCAGUGUGGGGAAGGCUUUGUGUUUCAGCGGUUCCUCACCAGACACUGUACGAUCAAGCAUAAUAUUGUGUUUCAGCACAGUUGUAAGACAUGUGGUCAUAGGUUUAAGUCUUUCAAAGCAUUGAAACAUCACCGAGCAAGCAGUCAUCGGAGAGCGCCAAGUAUGUUUACUUGCAGGAAGUGUGGAGAGAAGAUGAGGGGGAUGGCUGGCCUCAUCAACCAUCGGAGAAAACAUCUUGAAGAGGCAUCACCGGAAGGGAGGCAAGCUACAGUGGCUGCUGAUGCUGCAGUGGAACAAACAGACACAGAGCAGCGAGGUGUGGAGGAGGAAGCAGACAAGGAGAUCCAGCAUUUGCUGAAGAGAUUCACACGGUCAAGAGGGGAGAGUACUCCGGGGAAGUACCAGAAAAUGAUGAAGAGUAAUACUGCAGUUGCUGAAGACACAACAGAUCAGUCAGCCCAGCCCGACACCAAGACCCCGACAGUCGAGGACAGCGCAGUUGUCAUGAAGAAUGACCUGACCCCAGACAAGGACAUCAGUGGUGAUGUCGUGUUCAACCAAGAAGGAAAGCCAAGGAAAGUAUGUCCGCUCUGCAACAAGCUGCUGCACCCGACCAGUAUUUACAAACACAUCCGAGACCACGACAGACCCCAAAAUUCCAACACGGCCUUCACGAAGAGCGGCCAGCCGCGGAAGCCAUGUUCUGUUUGCAAUGUGCUCAUAUCGGAAACAAGCUUGUACACACACAUGCGGAUUCACAAGAAACACGGAGAUAUCCCAGCAGUCCCUCCUCCGAAGCCGGAUGACGGGAAGAAGAGGAAGCCGUGUAAAGUCUGUGGGAAACUCUGCACGGAGUCAUCGAUGUCCAAACACAUGGUGCUACAUAUGUCUGAACGACCAUUCAGCUGUGAUAUCUGUGGAAGGAAGUUUACACAGAAAUUCCAUGUUACACGUCAUAAACAUUCUCAACAUGCUAAAAAGUGACUGUUUGUGAUCCUGAUGUUUGGCCUUAAGUAUGAAUAUACCUAUAAGUGACAGUAUUUGUGAACGUCAUAUUUUACCUUAAAUACGAAUAGUCUCAAAAGUGACAGUAUUUGUGAUCAUCGAGAACAAAUUUUCUUGCAAUAUGUUUGUAGUUUUCCUGCUUAUUCCAGACACAGAUCUGAUUCAACAUCUUCAAUAUGAUUGCCAAAGGAGCAUACAUUAUUUUCGAAAAAUUAAACUUUAAAGGUAAUGUAAACUUAAAGGUGAUGUGAAUUUUGUUUAAUCAAUUUAAUUAUUGCUUAUAAGUGUAUUAAUGAGGUAACUUGACUGGAUGACUUGGAAAAGUCAAUUAAUAAUUGGGCCAUAACUUAAUCAUGUCAGAAGUAAGAAAUAUGGAAAGAUAAUAAUGAAGUAUAAAGCUGUUGCCCAAUUAGACGAGUUUCAAGAAUCUGUCAAUAUCGACCGGAUUAGAUGAUACUAUGCUAACAGUGAAAUAUGCAUUGGUUUUAUUGAGCCAGGUGAACUUUAGCCUUUAGUGUAUUUUUAGCUCACCUCAUCCGUGAGGCCAUGAGUUAAUUUUGUCACAAUUUUGUCUGUCCACUUCUCCGAAAUUGCUUGAUGAAUUCAGCGGAAAAAAAUUCGGAUGUUUGUUAAGUAUGAAGGUGUUCAUGCUUGUUCUAGGCAUCAAAAUUUGGAUUUCAAUAUGGUUGCCAUGUGGCCAUCUUUGAUUGUAAACAAGAAAAUUCAAAAUCUUGGUGGGUGAAUGAGAUUGUGUAGUUCAAGAUAUCUUGAUCAGAAAUAAAAUAUGGCAGCUGUUAUGUUGUUUCAUGACCAGGUUCUUCAGUUUGGACAAUAAGUUGUUUUUCGUUUACACUUUGGUAACAUGGCAGCGACAAGCUCAGUGACGCUUGUGUCCCAAUUAGGGGAGGCAACUCCCAAUGCCAAGAAGUCCUUAACUUUUAAUUUACAUCCCCCUUUGUUUGGAGAACUUUUGGUAAAUCAUAUUUACAACUGUAACUUGGCACAAUGUUCUGAACCGUGAAAUGUUUGCAUAUCACAUCUGGACAUAGAAAUUGAAAUGUGCAUUAAUAUUUACCUUCAGUUCCAUAGGAAACACAUGCAUUAAAGUUCUUUGGAAUUCACAAGUCGAGGCGCGGUCGGGUAGCCUGGUGGUUUAAGCGUUCACUCGUCACGCCGAAGACCCGGGUUUGAUUCCCGACAUGGGUACAACGUGUGAAGCCCAUUUCUGGUGUCCCCCGCUGUGAUAUUGCUGGAAUAUUGCUAAAAGCAGCAUAAAACCAUACUCACUCACACAUUCACAAGUCAAACUUUUUUGGAAGGACCACUGUUAAAUAAGUGUUACGAUGAUCCAUGGAUGUGCGAUCCCUCUUCUGACACAAUGUUAUGUAUUUCAUGACCAACAAGUUCUUAACACAUUUAAUGGUUCCUCGUUUAUACUUCGGUUGUGCCAAACAUGGCAGCCACAAGCACAGCGACUCCGGCGUCCCAAACAAGGGGAGGCAACUCCCAAAACUGAAAGUCCAUAACAUAACAGCUGCUAUCGGAAAUCAAAUAUGGCUGCCAUGGGCCAUGUUGGAAAAUUCAAAUCAACAUCUCCCCAGAAACCACUUGACCAAUGAAGCUGAAAUUUCACAUACUUGUUCAAAACAAUGAUGAAACCUGAAUUUGUUCAUAGGUUUAAAUCCACUUUUUAAGGCUUAAAGAAAUAAAAGAAUCGGUUCUCGGGCAAUGGCGUUUAAAAAUAUAGUGCGGGCAGUUGUUCAAGCUAGUACAUGUAUGUAACCAAAUUAAGUUUACAAUAUUUUUGGCAAAAUUAUGUUGAUCUUAAUGUACUGUGGCAUUUUACUCCCGAGAUUGUGCGUUUGAGAUGCGGAUUAUUAAAGAGGUUUUUUUUAUUUUGAAAUAAAAACUAAAUGUGCAGCAGACUUUAUGAUGAUGUGGGGGGUGUCUGAGAACCAAGACUAAUAUUUUUUAGCCUAAUAUGGCCACCAUAUUGAAAAAGCCAUUAAUGGCCAUUAUGCUAGCAUGUUUGUUUUAACUAUAAUGAAAUUUGGUACAUCUGUAAUUAACCAUGUAAGUUGUUUUCACAUUUUUGUAGUUGGGGACAAUUUAAAUUUUGUCCUUGAUUUGACCUUUGCACUUCAAUCAUACUGAAAGCUGAAACCGCCGACAUGGCAGCAAUUUUUAACAACCCAUUUGUGGUCACUGAUCAGCCAUUUUCAGCUGUCUGUAUCUUCUCUGAAAUUGCAGAGGAAGAUGAAUGUUUGUUUAUGAUGUCAUGAUUUUUUGUUAAGUUCAUAAGGAAUUGUGUUUUUUCAAGAAUAAUUUGAAAAAAAAAUAUGGCUUUACAAAUAUUAUUCUCCUAAGAAGUAUAUAUACAAGGUUCUUUGUAGAAACUGAAGUAACUCUAAUGCAGCAGAGUUCCACAAGAGUACAUUCAUUCUGCCAGAUUUGGAAAAACGCUAUGGAAAUUUAGUUACUUUUAUUAUUGGUUGCACUUUUGUCCUUGUCUUUUUUCAGAAAAUAUAUGUAAUGGCAAUGCUGACAGCAUUUUUUGUUCAGUGUUAGUCUUUGUUUAUAUUUUACACUGUUGACUGCAUAUCCAGGUGAGCUACAGUGCUGUGGCACGAUUUUUGCCGAUUUGUUAUUUUAGUAACAUGUUGUUACAUAUAUGCCCAUCAGGUCAUGGCCCAUAUUUGUGCCUCGUGUAUUCUCAGAAAUGUUGAAAUGAUGGAGCGCUAUGGCAGUCCCUUGUAUAGCAUUAACAUAGAACAACAGAGCGUGUCCUGUUGUCCUUGUCACAGUUGGCUCAUGUGCAGCUGUGUGGGCCUUGACUGAAUAACAUGCUUUUGAAAUGUA